CUUGGAUUUCCCGUCAGGCGCCGCGCGGCGGGGGCCGGUGGCGGCGGCGGCGGCGGCUGCGGCGGGGCCCGGUCCGGCCAGGCCAGGCCCGGGGGGCGCCAUGGAGGCCGUGCCCCGCAUGCCCAUGAUCUGGCUGGACCUGAAGGAGGCCGGCGAGUUCGCCUUCAACGCCGCCGUGAAGAAAUUUGUCCUGAAGAACUACGGGGAGAACCCCGAGAACUACAACGAGGAGCUGCGCAAGCUGGAGGUGCUGCGCCAGAACGCCGUCAACGUCCCCAGGGACUUCGAGGGCUGCAGCACGCUGAGGAAAUAUUUCGGGCAGCUCCACUACCUGCAGAGCCGGAUCCCCAUGGGUGCUGAGCAGGAGGCCGCGGUCCCCAUCGCCUGGACCGAAAUCUUCUCGGGCAAGACGGUGACCCACGAGGACAUCAAGUACGAGCAGGCCUGCAUCCUCUACAACCUGGGUGCGCUGCACUCCAUGCUGGGUGCCAUGGACAAGAGGGUGUCGGAGGAGGGCAUGAAGGUUUCGUGCACCCACUUCCAGUGCGCCGCCGGGGCCUUCACCUACCUGCGGGAUCACUUCCCCCACUCCUACAGCGUGGACAUGAGCCACCAGAUCCUCAACCUCAACAUCAACCUCAUGCUGGGCCAGGCGCAGGAGUGUCUGCUGGAAAAAUCCAUGCUGGACAACAGGAAAAGCUUCCUCGUGGCCCGGAUCAGCGCCCAGGUGGUGGAUUACUACAAGGAGGCCUGCCGGGCGCUGGAGAACUCGGAAACGGCCUCGCUGCUGGGAAAAAUCCAGAAAGAUUGGAAGAAACUGGUCCAGAUGAAGAUUUAUUACUUCGCCGCCGUGGCCCACCUGCACAUGGGAAAACAAGCCGAGGAGCAGCAGAAGUUCGGGGAAAGGGUCAUUUACUUCCAGAGCGCCCUGGAUAAACUCAACGAGGCAAUCAAACUGGCAAAGGGCCAGCCCGAAACCGUCCAGGAAGCCCUGAGGUUCACCAUGGACGUCAUCGGUGGCAAGUACAAUUCGGCCAAAAAAGACAACGACUUCAUCUACCACGAAGCCGUGCCCGCUUUGGACACCCUGCAGUCGGUGAAAGGUGCCCCGCUGGUGAAAGCUCUCCCUGUCAACCCCACGGACCCCGCUGUCACCGGCCCCGAUAUCUUCGCCAAGCUGGUGCCCAUGGCUGCCCACGAGGCCUCCUCGCUCUACAGCGAGGAGAAGGCCAAGCUGCUGAGGGACGUGAUGGCCAAGAUCGAAGCCAAGAACGAAGUCCUGGACCAGUUCAUGGACUCGAUGCAGCUGGACCCCGAGAGCGUGGACAACCUGGAGAUGUACAGCCACAUCCCCCCCGUCCUGAUGGAGAAGUGCGCCGCCCUCAGCGUGCGCCCCGACACCGUCAAAAACCUCGUCCAGUCCAUGCAGGUCCUUUCUGGGGUUUUCACCGACGUGGAGGCCUCCCUGAAGGAAAUUCGAGACCUCCUGGAGGAAGACGAAGCUCAGGAGCGGAAACUCCAGGAGCUGCUGGGGAAGAGCCCGGCCCCACCGGGUUCUCCUCCUCCUCCUUCCCCCGGGCUGGCCGAGGUGAGCAAGGAGUGCUCCAAAUACCUGGAGGUGCACGAAAAAGCCAGCUUCACCAACACCGAGCUGCACAAGGCCAUGAACCUGCACAUCGGCAACCUCCGCCUGCUCAGCGGGCCCCUGGAGCAGGUCCGGGCGGCGCUGCCCUCGCCCUCGUUGACCGAAGAUGACAAGCAGGUGCUGCAGAACCUGAAACGGAUCCUGGUCAAGGUGCAGGAGAUGCGGGACCAGCGCCUGUCCCUGGAGCAGCAGCUGCGGGAGAUGAUCCAGAAGGACGACAUCACCACCUCCCUCGUCACCGCCGACCGCUCCGAGAUGAAGAAACUCUUCGAGGAGCAGCUGAAGAAAUACGACCAGAUCAAGGUGUACCUGGAGCAGAACCUGGCUGCCCAGGAGAACAUCCUCAAGGCGCUGACCGACGCCAACGUCAAAUACGCGGCCGUGCGCAAGGCCCUGGCCGAGGUGGAGCACAAGUGGAACACCACCGUCCAGACCUUGGUGGCCUCCUACGAAGCCUACGAGGACCUGAUGAAGAAAUCCCAAGAGGGGAAGGAUUUUUACACCGACCUGGAGGGGAAAGCCGCCAAGCUGCUGGAAAAAGCCCGGGCGGCCUGCCAGGCUGCCGAAGCCAACCGCCAGCAGAUCCUGGAGAAGGAGCUGAAGAAGCAGCCGCCCCCCCGCCCCACGGCCCCCAAACCUGCCUUACAGAAGAAACCUCCGGAGCUGGACGGGGGCGGCCCCGAAGCUGCCGAGGGGGCUCAGCUCGGCCCCCUGGGCCUGGCCGAUCUCCCCGAGGAGCUCCGCAGCCUCCCCCCCGACGUGCUGGCCGCCCACCUGGCUCGUUUGCCCCCUUCCACGCUGGCCGCUCUCACCCUCGACCCCUCUUUAGCAGCCGGGCUGCGCCCCCCAGCCCCCCCCGAGGUUUUUUUACCCCUGGCCAGGCUGGCGAGCGCCCCGCUGCAACCCUACAGCCCCGCCCGCUUCCCUGCCCUACCUGGCCACUACCCCGUGCCUGCUUCUGCCCCCGGUGCCUUUCCAGUGCAGCUCCUGCAGCCCUCUGCCCCCCAAGCCGCCGUCCCCCCCCCCAGCUCAGCCCCUUCCUCUGCCCCCCAACUCUUCCCGGCCGCCCCCUUGCUCCGGGGCCCUCCGCAGCCCGCUUAUGGGGUGCCCCACGUGCUGCCCCCACGUUCGUCCCCCCAACACGGCCCCGCUGCUUCCUACGGGCUGAACCAAGCCGGGCUGCCUGCAGCCGCCCCCCCCAGACCCCCAACUAUGGGGCCGGCCCCUGGGGGUGCUCAGCCCCCACCCAUGGGUGCCCCCGAGCAGGGCCCGGCCCCCCGCCCGGCCACCACCACCGUGGACAGCGUCCAGGCCCCCAUCUCCAGCUGCACGGCCCCCCCCCGCCUCCCAAAUCAGGGUCCUACCGUGCCCCCCACCACCUUCCUGCCCCCCCAGCGCCCCGCUGCCCCCCCAGCCUCCUUCCCCUACGCCCCGGGGGGGCUGCAGCAGCCUUUUGGGCACCCCUUCCCCCCCGGGCAGCACCCCCACCCCACUUUCACCCCCCCGGCGCAGCUGCAGCCCGCCAUGGAGCUGCCAACUCGCCCCCAAGGCCUGGGGGGCCCCCAACAAUUCCCCCCCCAAGCCCCUUUCCUCCCCCCCGCCCGCCCCCAGCUCCCCCUACCCUUCCAACCCCCUGCCCGCCCCCCGCUGCCCCCCCAGUUUGCCCAGCAGCCCUUCUCCGGCCCCGUGGGGCAGCUGCAGCCCCCCCCAGCCCCUCCCCAGCCCCCGCUGUGCCCCCAGCUCUACCCCCUGCCCGGCCAGGACAAGCUGCCCCCCCACGGGCUCCCCCCACCCACGGGGACCCUCCCCUUCCCCGGCCCCCUACCCAGACCCCCUGGGCCGAGCGUGCCCCCAGCCCAACCCCUCCACCCCGCCCUGGGGGGGCUGCAGCCCGUGCCCCCCCCCAGCUCCCCAGCCCUCCCUUUUUGCCCCAGCCCUGCCCCGUGCGGCACCGUGCCCAUGGGGCCCCCCCAGCCUUCCCCCGCCACCCAAUCCGCCCCCCCCCACGCCGCCCCUUCUCCCAGCCCCGUCCUGAGCCAGCUCCAAGGCCCCACAGCGGUGCAGGGCCCCCUGAUCCCCUCCCCGGCCCCCUCCCCGCAGCCCCCUCUGCCCUUGCAACCCCCCCAGCGCCCCCCACCCUCGCUGCCCCCCGGCGAGCCCCAAUUCCAGCGGCAGAGCUCCUCCACCGACGACCUGCUGUCCUCCAGCCCCGAAAGCCAGCACGGGGGCUCCAAAGCGGCGGUGGGGCAACCCCUGCUGCAACCCACCAAGGCGGACGCCAAAGAGGGCCAAAAACCCAAAGCCGUGCAGCUGAUCGAGAAGGACCCCUACGAGAAACCCGAAGGCGUCCUGCGCCUCCUGGCUGAGCUCGAACGUUUCCGAGGCCUCCUGGAAGGUUUGGAGCGCCCGGCACCCACCCCUGGGGGUGGCACCCAACUGGACGCGGUGUGGAAGGAGCUGCAGGACGCCCAGGAACGCGACGCCCGGCAGCUUUCCAUCGCCAUCGCCCGCUGUUAUUCCAUGAAGAACCGCCACCAGGACAUCAUGCCCUACGACAGGAACCGCGUGGUGCUGCGCUCGGGGAAAGACGAUUACAUCAACGCCAGCCGGGUGGAGGACCUCUCGCCCUACUGCCCCACCGUCAUCGCCACCCAAGCGCCGCUGCUGGGCACCGCCGCCGAUUUCUGGCUGAUGAUUUACGAGCAGAAGGUGUCCGUCGUCGUCAUGCUGGUGUCCGAGCAGGAGCUGGAGAAGCAAAAGGUGCUGCGGUACUUCCCUGCGGAGCGGGGCCAGCCGGUGGUGCAGGGCCCCGUCACCCUGGUCCUCACGGGGCUGAAGGCCACCCCGACCCACGUGGAGCGGAUGAUCACCCUGCAGUACCGCGACCAGAGCCUCAAGCGCACCGUCAUCCACCUGCAGUUCACCUCCUGGCCCGAGCUGGGUCUGCCCGACAGCAAGGGGAGCCUCCUGCGCUUCAUCCAGGAGGUGCACGGCCACUACCUGCACCAGCGCCCGCUGCACACCCCCAUCGUCGUGCACUGCAGCUCCGGCGUGGGCCGUACGGGCGCCUUCUGCCUGCUCUACGCGGCCAUGCAGGAGGUGGAGGCGGGCAACGGGAUCCCCGACCUGCCCCAGCUGGUGAAGCGCCUGCGGCAGCAACGCAAGCACAUGCUCCAGGAGAAGCUCCACCUCAAGUUCUGCUACGAGGCCGUCCUGCAGCACGCGGAGCAGGUCCUGCAGCGCCACGGGGUGGGCACGCCCGGCCCCAAGCCCCCCAACAGCACGUCCCCCAAGCUCUACUUCCACCAGGACCCCCAGGACCUGGUGCUGGGGGGGGACCUGUCCAUCAGCUCCAUCCAGGCCACCAUCGCCAAGCUCAGCAUCAAGCCCCCGGGAGCAGGGGGAGAAAUUGGGGGGGGCUGGGGGCUCGAUCCUGCCCCAGGGCCUGAUUCUGCCCCCCCGGAGGCGCUGCCAGCGCUUCCCGACGGCGUUUUGGAUGGGGUGAUGGACGGCAGCGCCGCCCCAAUCCCUGAGCCAACCCCCCCAGCGCCCCCCGAGCCCCCAGCCGAGGCCGAGAGCAGCAACCACGUGGAGGAGGAGCCCCCCAAACCCCCUCCGGUUGAGCCCUCGGGGCCUUCACAGCCCCUACAGCCCCCACAGCCCCCGGCCUCCGCUCCCUCCUCCUCCUCGCUGGAGCUGCUGGCUUCCCUCACGCCCGAGGCCUUCACCCUGGACGCGUCGCUGAAGGGCAAGCAGCGGAUGAACAAGCAAAACUUCCUCCAGGCGCAGACGGGCGAGGGGCUGCGGGGCCCCCGGCCCACCGACGACCCCCUCAGCAUGCUCGACCCCCUCUGGACACUCAACAAGAGCUGAGGGAGGGGCCUCGGACCCCCCCCAAAAUCCUGCACUACAGCCGCAGCCCCCGGCCUCCUGCCUCCCAGGGUGCUGGGCUGGCCCCUGGGGGAUUUGGGGGGGCGCAGGGGGGGCCCUGCCUUCCCCCCCUAAAGCUUUGUACAGGUGUACGGCGCCCGCCACUUUCUCUCACUCCCUUAGAACUGACUUUUUCAGCUCUUUGCUACUAAAAUAAAGAGGUUGAUCUGGCGCUGUG